AUGCUAUUCCAGCCCUCAUUCCCCGACUCGGACCCAGAGCCCCUGUCGCCCAGCAGUCACGAGGACACCACUCGCCCUACCUGGUCACACGCCAUCCUCGUUGAACCUUCUUACGACACCACUCAACACCUGCAGUUUCAAGCUACUGACCCCUCUUUCUCUGGCUCUGGAACUGCUUAUCAAGCACCCUCUUCCUCCCCGGCUUACUCGCCCACCUCAAACGUCGAACUCGGUUACGUUGGUACUUUGGCAGAAACAGGACAGGUCUCCUCGGGUUCCCACUCGCUCUUGACCAACAGCUCUCAAUACGGCUAUGGUCUUCAUGACGACGAUGAGGACGAAGAGGAUGAAGUCGAAGACGAGGAGGACACUCUGCGCUUUGCUGUUGCUGCACGAGAGAUUGAGAAAUUGGAGGAGGAGUAUGUCCAACAACAGCAACAGCAACAGCAACAGGAACCGCAGCAGCAACAGCAACAGCAAGAGGCUAUGGUUAUUGAGGACGACGAACAUGAGAGUGAGCUUAAUACUUUGUAUCCUGUGACCCAGCCCUUCACUGAAGCUGUGCCUGCGGGCGUUGGGUCUGACGUCCCAGAGACUACAUAUACGACCCGAACUGGACCCUUUGUUCACCUCGAGAUUCAAGAACUGAGAACUUCUCAGAGCAACAGUGGUCACGAGCAGCAGCACCGUCUUACUGGCACCUUGCCCCGACCACGACAGUUCAUCUUUGAGCCCAACACCCGGUUGUUGCUGGGACGAGCGCCCUCGUCCGGUUUGGAUCCCAAGGCCCGCUUGAAGCAGCUCUCCGAGGUCGGCAAGGACGCAGGUCAGGCUCGGGCCGAAAACGGAUACGAUGAUGGAUUGUUCGCCAAUCAAGUGAUCAGCAAGUUGCAUGCCACCAUCUUUGAGCGAGACGGACAGUUGGUCCUUGAGGACUGGGAGUCGACCCACGGCACGUUUGUCAACGAAAAGUCUGUUACUCGCAAAGCCUUGCACGACCUAGACCGCGUCCGAUUGGGCCGCCCCGUCACCCGGCGAGAUAUUCAUUACCAGCCCCUAGAGUUUGUUGUUCGCAUUCAGAGCCGAGAGCAUUAUGAGCACCCGUCCACACGAGCUGACCCAGCUGACCUGGUUGCUGGUAUUGAUCAACAGAUGAUGACUGACAUCCUUGACAACUCUGCUGAUACUUCUACCCCUCAGAGCCAGAAGACGGUUAUCUUGUUGGAUGACGAUGACUUUGAGGAGGAGGAUCAGGCUGACCUCUUGGCUCGCACCCAGACCCGAGUCGAGUCCCUUGACGUUCAGGAGCCACUAGAGCGGACUCCCACUGACGAGCAGGAAGCACAGGAAGCACAGCACGAGGACGAUACAUUCUAUGGCAUAGAGAACGACUAUGAGGCUGACGAGGAUGAGACUAAUGUAGAUUAUGAUGACGGCGACGGCGCAUUCGAGCAACCUGAGCAAGGUUACGAAGAGGGGCCGCAGCUUGAUUUCGAGGUUGAGGAUGCUGCGAUUGAGCAGUUUGGGGACGACUUCUGGGCAGGCGGGGGUGAGCCUUCUGCUUACGACGAACAGCGCAAGCAGCGGAAAGAGUACGAUGUUGAUGACGACGAGGAAGAGGAGGCAUUCUCCCGCAAGGCUGCCGACUACGAGCUGGAUGACGAUGAGGACGAUGUUCUCUUGACCCGCUAUGAACCCGCUCAGUCUGACCUCACUGAGAUAAUCAACUCUGCCACUAUUCGUGAUGCUCCCGAGGAUGACGAGGAUAUGCCAACUGUGGACGAGACUGUCAUUAAGGAAACAACGUCGACAUCCACCACGACGACUACGGUCACCAUUGCUACAGCCUUGCCCACAGAUGCAGUCGUCGAGGAGAGCCAGGGUAACAAUCUCAAGCGGAAGCACAGUGAACUCGAGGACGAGCCUCCUGUCUCACUCCACAUCGCACAACAGGAGUUGCAGACAUCAAAGUCAAGGAGGGCUGCGCUGCUCGCUGCUGCACUCGCCGGCGUGGUUGUCGGUUCUGUUGGCACCGUUCUGACGUUGGCCAACAUCUAG